AUGAUGAAGUUCUUCUUUCUCUCCCUCCUCCUCGCCCCUGCUCUAGCAGCCGCCGCGGAUGCGGACCCCACUACCACCUACGACUACAUAGUCGUGGGCUCCGGUCCGGGCGGCGGUCCCCUUUCCGCCGAGCUCGCCCGCGCCGGCUACUCCACCCUGCUAAUCGAAGCCGGCACCGACCAAUGGGACAACCCGACCUACGCCGACAUCCAGAACUUCAAUGAGGCUGCUAAUGACGAAACUACGCGCUGGGACUUUUGGGUCAAGCACUCGGACGACGCGGCAAGGGACUUGAAAUUCAAGCAUACCACCUGGGACACGGGUGACGGGACGUUUUAUGUCGGGUUGGAUCCGCCUGAGGGGGCCAAGUUGUUGGGGAUUCAGUACCCGCGUGCUGCCGUCUUGGGCGGGUGCGCGAUGCAUAAUGCGGGCGUGGCGAGCUUGCCGGAAGAUGAUGAUUGGAAUCGGAUUGUGAAUCUGACGGGGGAUACCAGCUGGGAGGCGGGGAAGAUGAGGGAGUAUUUGAAGAAGAUUGAGAGGAAUGAGUAUGCGGAUGCUGAUGAUCCUUCGCAUGGACAUGAUGGCUGGCUAGCAAUCUCCAACUCUGACCCCUCCUGGGCCAAAAACGACAGCAACCCGGCCGUCAAAAUUAUGAAGCGGCUCGCCGAGCUCAUCGGCCAAGACCCUUCGCGAGUAGCCGACCUCGCCAACACCGACAUCCUCGGCGACUUCCCCAACCGCGACACCAUGUCCUCCUUCUUCAACCUGGCCACCCACGCCGACAAGACCGGCAAGCGCUUCAGUCCCAACAACUACAUCCGCGCCACCCUCGCCGACUCCGCCAAGUACCCCCUAACCGUGAAACUCAACACCCUCGCUACCAAAGUCCUCUUCAACACCACUGGACCCAAGCCCCGUGCCAUCGGCGUCGAAGCAAUGUCCGGCCCCUCUCUCUACCGCGCCGACCCCAAACACGUUCCCGGCACCACCCCUCCCAAAACCCAAUACUUUGCCAGACGCGAAGUAAUUCUCUCCGGCGGCGUCUUCAACACCCCCCAACUGCUCAAACUCUCCGGCAUCGGCCCGGCCACCGAGCUUUCCAAGUUUGGUAUCCCCGUACUCGUCGACCUGCCCGGUGUAGGCGAGCGCUUAACCGAUAACUACGAAGGUUCGCUUUUGGCAUUAGGCAAAGUCCCCAUGGAAAGCGGUCUCAUCACCAUUUUGUUCCGAACCCCCAACGCGCCCACCUCCAAACGAAACAUCUUUGCAUGGUGCGGUGCUUUUUCCUUUGAAGGAUUUUGGCCGGGGUUUCCCACCUAUUACGGCCCCAAUCAAUAUUCUUGUGCAAUGGUGCAUAUCAAACCCCGCUCGCAAGACGGGAGCGUUAGGUUACUGUCUGCCGAUCCCCAGGAUAAGCCUGAAAUCAACUUUCGGUUCUUUGAACAUGGUGGGGAUGAGGAUCUAGCUGAACUUGUGAGUGCGGCGAAUAUACUGAGGGAAAGUUGGCAGGCGGCGGGGGAACCGGUCUUGCCUUUUGAGGAAUUGCAUCCGUGUCCGUCGGCUGAAAAGAAUGGAACAACGUGUUCGGAUGGGAAACAGGCUCAGUAUUUUAAGUUGCAAGCGUAUUCGCAUCAUGCGACGUCGAGCUGUCAGAUUGGUGCUGAGGGGGAUAGGUUGGCGGUGUUGGAUAGUAAGUUCCGCGUGAGGGGGGUGGAGGGAUUGAGGGUUGUGGAUGCGAGUGCGUUUCCGAAUGUGCCGGGGUUUUUCCCAAGUGUGCCGACCAUGAUGAUUAGUGUGAAGGCGGCGGGGGAUGUGUUGGCUGCGGCGGCGGCUGCGAAGGGGGCAGCUGCUGGGGUUGGGAAGUAG